AUGUCUGCCCAUUCACUAUUUGUUCGUUCAGAAGAUGAAGAUGACGACAACCAACAUGAAGCAGAACACACAUCUGUUUAUGUACCAGAAGAUCCUGCUUUAGAAGAAUUCGAUGUCAAUAAAAGACCACUUACUCAUGCACUGCCGUCCAGAUCAACACAUCGCCAAAGCACAGCCACCAGCACAUCUAAAGCUAAUGUUAAAGUUAAUACUGCUACUACUACUACUGCUGCUGUGGCUACAUCUACUUUUAGGAAUAACAUUGGAACUCAUCCAACGUAUCCCAAUCGACCCAAAAAUGUAACUUUCACCGCGUCAACUACACAAAUUGCACACUUAUCAGACGUGUUUCAGAGUCUACUACAUAUAAACAACCAAGCUAUAAUUACUAUAAAACCUACCGGAAUAACACUAUACUCCACCUACAACUAUUCAACCAACGUACAUGUCACCAUUGACCCCACGUUAUUCAGUAUCUUCAAUUUAUCAGUACACAAUGAUGAUGAUGAAAAUGAAAAUGAAAAUGAAAAUGAUGAUACACGAGUGCAAACUACCCAAGAAGAACAAGAACAGGACGAAAACUUGGAACUCCGACUAGGCGUUGAUAUAAACCUCAUAGCCGACUGCUUCACCUCAGUCAUGAAUACACUCAAGUUUGAAUCUGCUGUAACAUGUUACUUGACAUACAUGGGGGACGGACAUCCACUAAUCAUUGAGUUUGAAGACACUUUUAUAUCUGAAAAAUUGGAGUUCUACACAUUCUAUGUCGAUAGUGAUGAUGACUAUACAGGUUACUCAAAUACAAAUGCUUCAAAAUCAAACACUUCUGAUUACAAUUUACGCAUCGAUUACGAAAAAGUUAUUAUGGAGAUUAUGGUCAAAAGCGAUGUCUUGACAAAUUUACUUCAGGAUCUAUACCAAAUUGGCACAGAAGUGCUUUUCAUAUAUUGUGCCGAGAAUGUACUCAAUUUCAUUAGCCAAGGACCAAUAGGUGUCUCGAAGUUGAUUUUCCCCAAUGAGCGAACCAUAUUGGAAAAACUUUAUUUGGCAAAAGAGACAGAUGACCAUCACCAAUAUGAUAUUUCGCAAUUUCAAUUCCACGACUUCAGCAAGAUUUUAAAAGCAGUCAAGUUGAGCACAAAGUCAAAGAUUGUCAAGGAUGCCAAUGGAUGCUUCUCCAUCCAACUAUUAUGUAAAAACUUUCAACAAACUGGAUACCUGGGCACCCUAAUUGUUAUUAACAUGACAGAAAUGGUUCAUGAUGAAAUUAUGGUUGAAUCAAUAAUCAAAGAUGAACAACACAUAGAUCAAGAAAAACAGAAUGAGGGAUUUGCGUCAAGCAAUAAUGAUGCUGCCACAAGAGUCACGGAACCCAUAUUGCUUAAAUCAAUUCCCGACCUUACACAUAGAGGAAAUGAGCCCUUGAUUAAUUCAUUUAAGCGAAGUAGACCGAAACUUACAAAUUCAGCAGUGGAUGAUAAUAAUGCGCGAAAGAAUAAGAGUGACGGACCCCUGUUGAAAAGAAAUCGCAAUGGUGAAGAUGGAAUGAGGAACAACAAUAACCAACGAGAAGAAGGCAUCCCUUUAUUCCUAUAA